GUUCCUAAAGAGUCUCGUGAUUUCCUCAGCGACUGCCAAAACUGAAAUCCCCUUUUCCCCUCUCCUCCUUCCAUCCGUAAACUGCAAAACCUCACCGCCUGCUUAACCCUUUGACACAAUUUUCGUUCAAACGUCGGUCAUCAACUCCAAUCACCAUCUCAAUCGAUAUGAACGGAGGGUUCGGAAACAGCGAUUUAGGUCAGCUUCAAGCUACUAUGCAGGCGAUUGAGAUUGCUUGCAGUUCUAUUCAGAUUAAUGUAAAUCCAACGGCUGCUGAGGCAACUAUAUUAUCUCUAUGCCAAUCUCCUAGACCAUACCAGAAAUGCCAAUUUAUUAUUGAAAAUUCUCAACUGGCAAAUGCAAGAUUUCAGGCAGCCACAGCAAUUCGAGAUGCAGCAAUACGAGAAUGGUCAUUUCUUUCACCCGAUGAGAAAAAAAGCUUGAUCAGUUUUUGCUUGACUUACGUAAUGAAACAUGCAAGUUCACCAGAGGGCUAUGUGCUAUCAAAAAUUUCAUCUGUUGCAGCUCAAUUGAUGAAAAGGGGUUGGCUAGAAUUUACUGCUGCAGAGAGGGAUGGAUUUUUCUCUGAGAUACAUUUGGCUAUUAUCGGUAAUCAUGGACUAGAUGUGCAGUUCAUUGGAAUCAAUUUCCUUGAGUCAUUGGUGUCUGAAUUUUCUCCAUCUACGUCUACUGCAUUGGGUCUUCCUAGGGAGUUCCAUGAGCAAUGCCGAAAAUCUCUAGAGCAUGACUAUUUAAAGAAUUUCUAUUCUUGGGCGGUAGGCGCUGCACAAAGUGUCACAACUCAAAUUACGAAUUCGGAUGCUGCUGUUUCAGAAGAUAGAGUUUGUGCAGGGGCACUUCGUUUCAUGCUCCAAGUUCUUAACUGGGACUUUAGUAACAGCGGCAGAGUUGUAAAGAACAGCUUAGAUGUCUUUUCAUUUGUUGCUAAAGAAGACAGUAACUCAGCCUAUACGCUGGUCCAGCUUGGGCCUUCAUGGCGUGAUGUUUUGCUUACAAGUGGUCACAUAGAGUGGCUAUUAGGAUUAUAUGGUGUAUUGAGGGAGAAAUUCUCCGGUAAAGGUUACUGGAUUGACUGUCCUCUUGCGGUUUCUGCUCGGAAACUCAUAGUACAGCUUUGCUCUCUCACAGGAACUAUAUUUUCACCUGAUGCUGGUGCUUCUCAAGAGAAGCAUCUUCUGCAACUAUUAUCUGGAAUCGUUCAAUGGGUUCAUCCUCCUGAUGUUAUUGCAAAAGCAAUUGAAAGUGGAAGAAGUGAGAGUGAGUUGCUUGAUGGCUGCCGUGGACUGUUAUCCAUAUCUGCUGUUACCAAUCCAGUUAAUUUUGAUGACCUCUUGAAACAUAUAAGGCCUUUUGGUACACUCAGUUUGUUGUCUGCCUUGAUGUGUGAAGUUAUUAAAGACCUUAUGACCAAAGAUAUGGAAGAAGAACCAUGGAGUUGGGUUGCACGCGAUAUAUUACUAGAUACUUGGACGACCCUUUUAACGGAGACAAACACUUCUGGUGUGACAUCAUUGCUUCCACCAGAAGGAACAAAUGCUGCCGCCAAUCUUUUUGCCCUAAUUGUAGAAUCAGAACUAAAGGCUGCAUCAGCGAGUGAAGAAAAAGAAGAAUACUUUCAAGCUUCUGUAGCUGCAAUGGACGAGAGACUGAGUUCUUACGCCCUUAUAGCACGAGCUGCUAUUAAUGUUACAAUACCUUUUCUUACGGGACUUUUCUCUGAGCGUUUUUCAAGGCUUCAUCAGGGAAAUGGGAUAACUGAUCCAACUACAACAAUGGAAGAGCUUUAUUCACUUUUGUUGAUAACUGGUCAUGUAUUGGCAGAUGAAGGAGAGGGGGAAACACCAUUGAUACCAUUAGCUAUAGAAACACGUUUUCCAGAGUACGUGGAAACAGAAAAACAUCCCGUAGUUAUACUUUCUUGGUCUAUCAUAAAGUUUGCAGAGCAGAGUUUAGAUCCAAAUAUGAGAGCAGCGUUCUUCAGCCCUCGGCUUAUGGAGGCAAUUAUAUGGUUUCUUGCUCGAUGGUCAUGUACAUACUUAAUGACAGUUGGAGAAAUGCAAAGUUAUAAAAACCCCAUAGAUGAGGUCACCCUGCUUCAAAUGCAGCGAUCAAGACAAGCAUUGCUUAGUUUCUCUGCAGAACAUACUCAGGGAAAAAACUUGCUCGAUAUUAUUGUUCGAAUAUCAUUAACCACAUUGAUUUCAUAUGCUGGGGAGAAAGAUUUGCAGGCCCUCACAUGUUACCAGCUGCUCGGUGGACUUGUUAGGCGGAAAAGUAUAUGUACACACCUUGUCACGUUGGACUCAUGGCGUCAUCUAGCACAUUGUUUUACAAACGAUAAAGUGCUAUUGUCGCUAAACGCUACUCAUCAGCGUUCCCUGUCACAGACUCUUGUUCUUUCAGCUUCUGGCAUAAAAAAUUCAGUGGAAGCAAAUCAGUACAUAAGGGAUCUCACAAGCCAUAUGACCGCUUAUCUUAAUGAUAUAUCUACCAAGAAAGAUAUCAAGAGUAUUUCUCAGCAGCCAGAUGUUAUUCUUGUGGUCACUUGCUUACUGGAGCGGCUUCGAGGAGCGUCUAGUGCUUCCGAACCAAAAACACAGAAGGCAAUAUAUGAGAUGGGAUUUUCUGUGUUGCAGUCGCUUCUUAAAAUUCUUGAGGUUUACAAGCAUGAGUCGGCAGUUGUGUAUCUUUUACUCAAGGUUGUUGUUGAUUGGGUGGAGGGUCAAAUAAUCUAUCUAGAGCCUCAUGAGACUGCAUUGGUUAUCGACUUUUGUAUGCAUCUGCUUCAGCUUUACUCUUCCCACAACAUUGGCAAGAUAUCUGUGAGCAUUUCAAGCAGUUUACAAAGUGAAGCAAAUGCUGAAAAAUACAGGGAUUUACGCGCUCUUCUACAGCUUCUUCAAAAACUAUGCACAAAAGAUAUGGUUGACGUUUCAUCAGCUGCCAGUGACGAUCAGCAGACAAGCAUUUCUCAGGUUAUAUAUGUUGGUGUUCACAUUGUCAGCCCUCUGAUAACAAUAGAAAUGUUGAAGUAUCCUAAGCUUUGUUAUGAUCACUUUGCUCUGCUGUCACAUAUGCUGGAGGUUUAUCCUGAAAUGAUUCCCAAAUUAAACCAUGAAGCCUUCAGUCAUAUUUCAGGAACACUUGAUUAUGGUCUCCAUCACCAGGAUGAGGAGAUUGUUGGCAUGUGUUUAAGAUCUCUGAGAGCACUUGCAUUCUACCACUACAAUGAAAGAGAGGGCGGUAGAGAUGGAUUAGGUCCACAUGCUACAAGCUAUAAGGAUGCUGAUGGAAACUUUCAGGAUGGCAUUCUUAGUAAAUUUUUGCGAUCGUUAAUGCAAUUAAUUCUUUUUGAGGAAUACAGCAUGGAUCUUGUAGGAGGUGCAGCUGAUGCUCUUUUCCCGUUAAUCCUGUGUGAUCAUGGUCUUUACCAGAGAUUAUGUAAUGAAUUGGUUGAAAGACAGCCAAAUCCAGUAUUGAAAACAAGAAUGGCGAGUGCACUGCUCUCGCUAACCACCUCAGGCGAUAUUUCUCAGUCUGCUGAUCGGUUAAACAUGAGAAAAUUCAGAAAGAAUCUUAACCAAUUCCUUGUUGAUGUCCGUGGUUUUCUACGUGUAAUUUGAUGCUGCUGCCGCUCAUGGAACAACUUUCAACAGAUGAUAUUUUCUUACCCUGUGAAUGGCACAGAUGAUGCAGGACCCUAGAUCCUCUUGUGACGGGUCGUAUUCAUACACGAAUGUUAUGAACUUGUUGGCUUUUUUCUCUGUACAUUCUUUCUCGAAUCUGCUACAAAUAGCUGAGUUUGCCAGUUUAUGGACUGUUUUGAGAGAGAGAGAGAGAACUAUCUAAUGUAGAAGUGCAAAGGUUUUGAAGGUAAGCCGGAAGUGGUGUGUUAGAUUUCCAAAUGAAAGAAUAAUGUGAUUUAAUUAUUCCAUUUUUGGGUGUA